AUGAAUGUUAGCAAUAUCCCUACCAGAGAAUGGUCGCCGCCCAAGGGCAACGGGCCGCACUCCGCAUCCAAGGACGGCGGGUCACAGACUAGCAGCCAACAACAAAGCACUCGCACCUCCCUGCGUGCUCUACCCUAUUGUACCCAGGCCUGUCUGCUCGGGCUCAGCCGCAAUGGCACUCUCGACCCAAAUUGCCCCAACACACCUCUCCAUAUCGCUGAGAAUCUCGAUUGCGGCUGUGAAUGUCUGGACAAGUAUGGUAUGUUCAGCCACACGGGUGUUUUAUUCAAGAUCACCAUACCGGAGUAUGGGUACACCUUGGUUGCGAAGGGAGUUCAGGCUGUGUAUGCAGACGCGCUCGUAAGAGAAGCCUGUAUCUAUUCCCAUUGCAAGAAUCUACAGGGCGUCUUUAUACCUGUCCACCUUGGUAAUAUUGACCUUGUCGUCUCGUACCCGCUUCAGUCCCUGGCAUUUAUUAAGCAUAUGAUGCUGAUGUCAUGGGCAGGAACGACCCUCGAAGCCUACAUACCAGAUGGCAUAGAUAUAGAUGAUGAGGUUGAUAGGACGGUUGGAAAGCUGAAUUCUGCCGGUAUUUGUAACGGCGACGUGCGAGAUACAAAUCUUGUCUGGAACGAGGAAGUUAAGGGGGUAAUGGCCAUCGAUUUUGACCUGGCAUAUAUACAUACCGCUCGCAAGAGAUCGUACGAGUCGGCUUCAGAUGAAGAGAGAGGGGAGAACCUUCGUACAGCCUUAGACAUGCCAACAACAAAAUAUAUACGCAACCUGGCUGAUGCCACGGAGCGACUCAACACACGCAAUUUCCUACAACAGCGUGAAGCUGAGAAUCUACGAUCGAUAAUUCAAACACGGAGGACACAGAACAAGAGUAAACGCGCAAUUUUAAAGGGUCAGUACCACAAUUCUACAGAGGAAUUACGUGCGCAAGUUCUAGAGGCCGAGGAAGCCACCCGACAGAAAGUAACAAAAGUUAGAGCUACGGGCGCAAACCGUGCUCUAACUGAACCAAUUGAAGAGGGAAAUGUCGGAGAUGACCUAGAGGAGGAAUUAGACUACAUUAUAGUCGAGUACUAA